AUACAUUUUUUCCCGUUGAUUCGAUUUAGUUGUUUGUUGUAUUUUGACGGCGGUGUUUGGUGAUCAAUCUGUUGUUCUAAUUGCAUUGUCAUUAUCACAUCUUGAAUUGUUUAUAAAUAAAUCGGGUAUCGCGAUAUUUUCUAACUGUCGAUCAGUGACAAUUAGUGGUAUCAACUAUGUGACAAUUAUUCGUGUGACUCUUCUGUUCACAUCCUGUUUCUGUUUAAAAAAUAAAUCGCGAAUUAAUUGGACCCAAGAAAAUCGGUGAAAAUCGCUGAAAGGAUACCUAAAGGAUUAUAAUAUCAAAAUUUACAACAACAAUCGGAAUUUAGUUCAAAACUACUGUAACAGAAGUUUAAAGGUUUGUACUAUGAAGGAAAAGAGCAAAAAUGCUGCUCGCACUAGAAGAGAAAAGGAAAAUACCGAAUUCUAUGAACUGGGCAAACUGCUACCGCUGCCGAAUGCGAUUACUUCGCAAUUGGACAAAGCUUCAGUUAUACGGCUGACGACAUCAUACCUCAAGAUGCGACAAGUGUUUCCAGACGGUUUAGGUGACGCUUGGGGUACACAAUAUUCGCCCACAAAUGCACGUGAAAGUGGCAUUAAAGAAUUGGGAUCUCAUUUAUUGCAAACAUUGGACGGUUUUAUAUUUGUCGUGGCACCCGAUGGCAAAAUUAUGUAUAUAUCCGAAACAGCAUCGGUGCAUUUGGGCCUUAGCCAGGUAGAAUUAACUGGUAAUUCAAUACUGGAAUACAUUCAUCCAUAUGACCAAGACGAAAUGCAGUCGGUUUUAUCACUUCAAAAUGUCUAUACAUCGAACGAUCAGGACUGUUUAUUGACAAACGAGGCACUAAAAUACAACAAUCACAAUAUCAUGAAUUCCAGCUACAACGUUCCAUCACAAUUGAUACCGAACAUUGAAUUUGAGCGAACCUUUUUCAUACGAAUGAAAUGUGUUUUGGCGAAAAGAAAUGCCGGUUUAACGUCGGGUGGUUAUAAGGUAAUUCACUGUUCUGGCUACUUGAAAACGAGAAUUUUUCAAAUGGACUCAACGUUUGGUGAAGGACAUAGCUGUUUACAAAAUUUAGGUUUAGUUGCAGUGGGUCAUUCACUUCCGCCGUCGGCAAUCACAGAGAUAAAAUUACAUCAGAACAUGUUCAUGUUUCGUGCUAGUAUGGACCUGAAAUUGGUGUUCCUAGAUGCCAGAGUCUUACAACUGACGGGAUACGAACCACAUGAUUUGAUCGACAAGACACUGUACCAGUAUAUCCAUGCCGCUGAUAUUUUACCUAUGCGAGUUUCUCAUCAAAUUUUGAUCCUUAAGGGUCAGGUGACAACCAGAUACUUUAGAUUUCUCACUAAAGGAGGAGGCUGGGCCUGGAUUCAAUCAUAUGCGACAGUAGUUCACAAUACAAGAUCAUCAAGACCGGUUUGUGUAGUUAGUGUCAAUUAUGUGCUGAGCGAUCAAGAAUCAAAACUUCUAAUUCUAAAUGAAUCUCAAGGUCCAUCGAAUCCUCGCGAAGGAUCAUUAUCGCCCACAACACCUCUUACCACACCAGUGGCCUGUAAACCAGUUACAUAUUCUAAAAUCAAUCAUCAAGCGCUUCAAAUUAAGAAUGGCAAUAGCCAAGAAUUUUUGCCACAUUUCAACAAUCAUCAAUAUCAGACCGGCGUUACAGCUGACUUUACCGACAACAAUUUCUAUGAUGCAACAUUUUACAAUCAUUAUGAUGCACACGACUCAUCGAACAUUAUACUGCGGCCAUUUUCGGCUGGCUCGAACAGUUGCAGCAGUUCAGAAAGUGAACCUUCCUUGCGAUCAGUUAAUCAUUCUACAACAGUACCUAUUCAAAAUGCAACGUCGUACAACUGUUUGCGGCCAACAUUUGAAAUGAAUUCGUAUGGGGACAGCACCGGCACCACAGACAAUGGAUAUCAGGACUAUCAAAAGGCUCCACAAUAUACUAGCGUUAUUGUUGAACCUGCCACUUAUCCAGUCACUUUAUCAAAUGAUUAUGUGCAUUAGUCGCCUGAAACUUGGACCGAGCUGAACAUCAUAAAUAUCGAGUUUGAAUUCGUUUUAUUAUGGGUGCAGCGUGCGUGAAAAAUCGAGAAAAUUGUUUUCCCCAUACCCGUCAAGCUAAUAUAUAUAAUGUGCAAGCAAAUGGACGGCCUUACCAUUCAUAGUCCAGCAAACAUAAUAAAACGAAUUAUCUGCGUCUUCAAAUUUAACCAGUUUAUUGCAUACUCGUUCCUUUAAGUCACUAGCUAGACCAGCGUAACGAAACCUAGCCAGAUAGAUUCUAUAGAAUAGUUUACAAAUUUGCUAAUUAAUUUAAUUUAACGUAAAAUUAAAAUAUUUAUUAUGAAUUGAUC